ACACACACACACUUCCUGACCAUGAAAUCACCCUGGAGCGAAGCAAAUUAAGCUAAAAAGAAAUAGAAAUUUAUCUAUUUAUCCAGUCUUAGAGGAGAUAAAGGUUGAAUCUAGAACCCUAACGGUGGAACUCCUCAGAUCAUCUAGGACCCUUGCUGUGGAACUCCUCAGAUCAUCUAGGACCCUUGCUGUGGAACUCCUCAGAUCAUCUAGAACCCUCACGUUGGAACUCCUCAGAUCAUCUAGAACCCUUGCUGUGGAACUCCUCAGAUCAUAUAGAACCCUCACGUUGGAACUCCUCAGAUCAUCUAGAACCCUUGCUGUGGAACUCCUCAGAUCAUCUAGAACCCUUGCGGUGGAACUCCUCGGAGAACCCGCGAGGAACUCUUCUGUAGAUCAUCUACCUAAAGCGCUUCCUGUUCCGAACCUUUUCUCAAUGGGAAAUCCUCUGAUCUAUAUAAAACCCCGGAGAGCGUCAGCGGCACAAGUAUAGGUUGUAACACACACACACACACACACAAACACACACACACAGAGUCGCGUGUUAUUUUGUGUGCGCGUUCGUCUCCUGCAGCAACAAUGUGAAACUCCAUCCGCUCGCGCUGCGCCGUAACUCGAGCCGUGGAAAAAAACGGGGAGGAAACAGGCUCGCGCCGCGUACGGUUACCGAAUAACAGGCCCCUCCCCCUUUCCUUUCCCUCUCCGUCUCUCUCUCUCUCUCUCUCACUCUCUCUAUCCCUCUCUCAGACCUCGGAGACGCGGCACGCAGCAGCAGAAGAUGGCUGAGCGCACCGGGCAGCGCGAGCCCCGCACGGCGGCAGCGUCGUUAUCCCCGUCCCUCUCACCGGGGCGAACCUGAACCCCCCUUUCCUCUCGUUUCUCCUACUCUAAACACAAACCCAAAGAUUCCCCGUGUCUGUACCGUCGCUCCGUGCGUCCGCGACCCCACGUCAUUUCUCCUGACACACACACACAUAUACACGCGCGCGCGCGCGCCACACGGAGGAAUUUUUUUCUUCUCUGGUUUUGUUUUCUUUAAUCGCAGCAUGGCGGAAACGGAGAAGGAGGGCAGCAAAGCUCCGGAGAGCAAGAGGAGCCGGAAACCCGCUCACCCCGUCAAGCGCGAGAUCAACGCAGACAUGAAGAGUUUUGCGGAGAACACGAUGAACGAGCUGCUCGGGUGGUACGGGUACGACAAAGUGGACCUGCGAGACUCGGACGAUCUGGAGAUCCGUAAUUAUCCGGACGGGGAAAUCCGCCAGCACAUCUCCGUCCUGAAAGAAAACUCCUUGCCAAAAGCGGUGAUGCCCGAGGGCAGCUCGUCUCCUCCUCAUGCCAACAGCUCUUCUUCAACUCCUACAUCACGCAACGGCGUCGCCACGGAGACGCCUGCUAACCCUGCCUCCUCCUCCUCUUCCUCGACGACAGUUGCCAAGGAGCAAGGGGGCAUGCCAAUCAUAGUUCCCCUGAUUCCACCCCCACUCAUCAAACCACCAGCAGAGGAGGAGAUGUGUAAUGUUCAGAUCGUGUGUGCGUGGUGUCAGAAGGUCGGUCUGAAGCGUUACUCCCUCAGCAUGGGCUCUGAACUCAAGAGCUUCUGCAGUGAGAAGUGUUUCGCCGCAUGUCGCCGCGCCUAUUUCAAACGCAACAAGGCCAGAGAGGAGGAGGCCUCCACGCAGCACAGCAAAGACACGCCCAGACUUGUCCUCAAGACACACAGCGAUGCGCUUUCGGGGGUCAGAGGUGAAGGAGACGCGGGAGACGAGUUGAGAUGUAAACCAGAGGCGCUAAUGUCCGAGGUGUGUGACUGGUGCAAGCACAUCCGCCACACUAAAGAAUAUCUGGAUUUUGGCUCAGGUGAGCGGCGACUCCAGUUUUGCAGCGCUAAGUGUCUCAACCAGUACAAGAUGGACAUCUUUUAUAAAGAAACCCAGGCGGCCCUGCCUGGUGGACUGUGUAACCCUGUUUAUCCGGCCGGAGACGGAAAAACGGAAGCAAACACCGGGGUCCAACUUCUGACCCCUGACUCUUGGAAUGCACCUUUGAGCGAGCUAAGGCCCCGCAAGGCACCAUCACCGGGGGCAACAACAUCCGGAGCUGGACACUCGGGAUCCAUGUCUGCAUCACCCUCUGAUUCCAGCGCCGCAGGUUCAGCGUCUUCAUCGUCCUCAUCCUCGGUGAAAAUCCCCACGCCAAGGCCACAUGAGAGUCCAACGUUACCCCCACCACCCCUGCCACCACCCCCUGGACCUGGAAUUCACCCACCAAUGGGUGUUGUGCCCAAUGGAAGCCCUCCAAUGAUAAUGACGCCCCGCGGCCCAGUGCCCCUGCCCCUCUUCAUGGAGCACCAGAUGAUGCAGCAAAUCCGCCCUCCCUUCCUACGCCCUCCUGGCCCUAACAGCCCCCUUCCUAAUCCCAUGAUUCCAGGAAUUGGGCCACCUCCGCCACCUCGAACCUUGGGCCCUCCAUCUAGUCCCAUGCACCGACCCCUGCUUUCGCCUCAUGUCCACCCCUCUUCCACCCCUACCUUGCCAGGUAACCCUCCUGGAAUAAUGCCCCCUCAUCCAGGUACCCACAUACCUGGACUUCCCUUCCCACCGGUUAACAUGAUGCCACCAGGGCCCAUACCAGUGCCACCUAUGAUGAAUUUUGGCAUGCCAUCACUGGCCCCAUUAGUGCCCCCUCCAAUGCUUUUAGUGCCGUAUCCUGUAAUUGUGCCAUUACCAGUCCCGAUUCCCAUCCCUGUUCCUAUCCCGAUCAGUCCAAAGGCAUCAGGCGAUCGCCCAGGGAAUGAUGGGAUGCUUCCAGAAGUUUCUGGUGAGCAUAGCGACUCGCAGGACUCGUCCUUCUCCCCCAGUUCAUCCAGAGGAGAAGGUGGAGCUCAUAAGCAAAAUUCCUCCGGCUCAGAUGUGCUUUCUCCAGACAUUUCCAGUCAGAUGGAACGGCAUAGUAUGAGCUUGAUUAAAACAGAAAGUGCUGGAAGUUCCAGUUUAUCACAUCCAGGAUCCCCCACAGAAGCACCAGCAAAUGGAAUAAUUGACUUGACGACAAACCGGCGCUCCCGGCAGCAGCUAGUGAUCCAGAGAGCCGCGCCAUGCGUGCAGGUGAAGCCCGAGCCUGAAUCGACCACACCCACAAGUCUAAGCGUGUCAAGGGUGGGUGAAUGUGAAAUGAAUGAGAGAGAUUCCUGUAGCAGAGGGCCAUUAGAGGACACACAAAACGACAGAGACACAGAGAUUAAAAGCCCACUGAACAACAUUACUCUGCCUUGUGCUGACCCUUCAUUCUGUAGUGCUACGCCUCUACUAUCUCAACCAAUCACAUGCAGCCUUUCUACCCCCCUGGCCAGCAUCAGUGUGACCAAAACAGAGCCAGGUACUGCUACACCUUGUAAUGUGAUUGUUAAUGGCAGCUGCAGCAUGCAGCCACUAGAUCCCACAGUCCGGACACCCCCUCCAGAACAGCGCCCUGCUGUGGAAAUGACCCGAAGGACAGCCACAAUCUGUGACGAGCCAACUGAAGGAGAGGACCUGAAGGAAAACAGCUGCUCAGCCAUCGAGCGAACCUUUUCCGAGCAGGCUGUAGCACCUGGGCGUGCCGGAGAGGAAAAAUCCCAAGAGGCAGAAGACGCUGCAUCUGGAGCAGACCAUGCAUACGCCUUGCCCCUCAUGCCUAAACCAGGCUGCGUCAUUCAGCCUGUGCCAAAACCAGCAGAUAAGACGGCAGCCAUAUUGCCGUGCGGCUUGGAAACUCCAUUAUCAGCGGUGGGAGCAGCGGAUAUGGAGCCACCGUUGAAAAGGAGGUGUUUGCGCAUCCGCAAUCAGAACAAGUGAAGAGUAAGAAAGCUUGCAGACACUUACAUCUCACCAAAGGGACAAAAGCGGAGCACUGCAGCAGAUCCCAUCAGUCCACCAAUCACCAUGUCAGCAUAACCUUCUCUACAAGCUCAAUUAUGUCUCUGUUAGAUAAAUGAUUGCACUCUCCCUCCUCUCAGAACAGACUGAUCCCACGGAUUCCUUUGAGGGACGAAUUUUCGAUUGACCGUUCAAACUUCUGACUGUACGUGAACCUCUGUUUUUCAUCACUGUUUGGUAUUAUUCUAUCUACACGGACGUGUCUCCCUCUACAGGUCCGGUUCAGCGCUGCAGUGCUACGGAUUGUGAUGUAGAUAUAGAGUUGUGACAAGGCCAAAACUUGGGUGAUAAAGCCAAAACAGCAAUCAUGAGAGGUCCAGUGGCCUGCCAAUGAAACAUGCAAAAGAUGAACUGGACCAGCUCCUGAACAGGCCCGGAAUCGGGCCUUAAACAUGGCCUUAAACAUGAGGCCUGCCAAUCAGAUGUGCCCACAGAUAACAGACAAGUAUUUUUGUUUACUUUCAGUGUUCAGACAAGUCUGCUUUUGUUUAUAUGUGGUUAAAGAGAAAGAGCUGGAGCUCUGGGAUGCCAGUGGUGUCACACUUUAAAUGGACAGAGUGCCAAGAAAGUGAAAGGUCACUGUGGUCACAUUCUUUGGUGACAUCUCUCUUUUUUUCAUUUUUUUUUUUUUUUACUUUUCCUUCUUUCUUUGGCACCACCAGCAAGAACUGUACUGAACUGUUCCUCUGUGUCCUUUCUGGCCACCAGAAUGACCUGAAAUGUCAAAAAUACUCCCCCUGCUGGAACAGAAUGGACAUGAAGAAUGGAAAAAAAGAGGAUUGCAGUGCUAAUGAAGAUUUCUAGCCAGUUAUGGUGGCGUGUAAAAGGGAAGGAUGUGCAAUGUAAAGUAUCACGGAGGCAUGGAUGACAGGGUAGAAACAACGUGGCUUAAGUUAAAAACAAGACUCAACAUCAAAAUCCAGCCUCCUGGAGAUCAGCAGAUGGAUGUACAUGGCCAUCAGAGUUUUAUAUAUGGGACAUGGUGCUCCAGGGCACUGGAGUCCAGCAUGGUGGUGAUUUCUCUAGUUUAACACACGUAUUAAAGCUGAUUAUUGGCCGUCUUUAUGUCAGGGAAUCAACACACUGUGCUGAACUCCAGUUCUUCACUCUUCUACUGUUCUAGAUGAGUAGCCCAAUAAAUCAUGCCAUUAUUUAUGUUAGUCAAAUAAGUCCACAUGAAUCCAUAGUCAAAUCAGUUCAGUCACACGAAUCAACCUCAAUCAAUUAAUCAAUCAAUCAAUCAGUAGUUAAGAUGUUCAGCAUGAUGAGCUGAGUACAGGUCUGGGAUUUUACUGAGGUCUUUUUGGUUUCAUGGAUAAGUUAUGUUAUAUAAUACUCUCUGUUUUUGCCAACUUGCAGUUUUUCAUUAAGUGGCCAUGACUUUGCUGUCCCAAGCAACAUUUUUUUUUUGCAUUCUGGUUUUUCAAACUUGUGGAUUAGACAUGCUAUGGUUUGCAGAAAUGACACACAGACCUGGUCUAGAUAAGAAUGGAAAAGAGGAGGUUAAAUACAACUGGUCUUUAGACUCUGUCAGAUUUGUCUGAAGGAAGUUUGAAGCAAGCAUCACAAGGCUUCCUGCCAAAACUUGAAGAAAGCUGAGACACCAAAUCAACACUUACAAAUCUUCAAGGAACCUUUAGACCUUCAGAAACAAACCAGCAAAGUUAAAAAAAAAUGAAAAUGAAAGGCGAUCUCUAGCUCUGUGAGAGUGUAAUUCAAAGCUUGUAGAGUGUGUGUGUGUGUAUGUGUGUGAGGUUCAGGUCUCACCAAGAACCCGAGGCAUUUCGGCACGUUCGGUUUUAAUAAAAAGAAAUCAUGGUCGUCUAAAACAGGGGGACAGGAAAUGAUGCGAGAACUUGCUGAGGAAACCGUGUGUCAUUUUAGGGUGUCCGGAAAAAAGUCAAGGUCCUCUGAGAUUUUUCCCAACACCCGGGGUGUGUGUGUGUGUAUGUGUGUGUGUGUGUGUGUGUGUAACAUCACACUAAAAUAUCAGCUCCCAUUCACCCGAGAGCUCCAGUUCCUGAACCGGCUCUCUGUUUUCGUUUCAGAUUUUCCCUCGCUCUCAGCAGCGCAGUGUCAUCUUCUCUAAUUUCUGUGUUUGGUUUGAUCCGUCCCCGCUAACGUCAGCCAAAAUCUUCCCUCACUUUUUUUUUCCUAUUUGUCCCUCCAUCUUUACUUUUAAGAUGAAUGUGGAGUUGGUGCUGGCUUUUUUGGGGAGUUUUUUUGGACUCACUUUUAUGUCACACACAUUUUCUGGUAGAACUGAACUUAUGAGGACCGAAAGGUUCUCAUAAGCACCAUAAUGUGAGGGUUCACUUGGAGAUAAAACACACACACACACACACAGUAGUUUCUAAACCACAAGCAGUCGAGAAUUUUUCCCCCUUCAGUUAGUUUCUCCUUAUGGAGGACAGGACUUAAAUCUGGGGUCUCAUGGUAGGAUAGUGUGUGAACAGGAAUACACACACACUCAUAAACACACACAGGGAUCCCUUUCAGUCUGGCUUUCACAUCCCUGUGACUCACUAGAGGAAAAAAACAUGAAUAUAAUAUUUAUAUCAAUUUAUCCAUUUUACCUUUGACCAAAAAAGGACACAGUUAGGUCAAUUUUUACCCCAAGAAACUUUUCAUGAAGUGCAGUCUUCAGUCCGCAUCUCCACCGUCUCCGUUACUUACACACGUUUUGCUGAAUUGACCAGAAAUCAGUAAAAAUCACUAAAAAUGAUAAAACACUAGAUAUACACACCCAAACACUCCAGCACCUCUCAGAUAACGCUGUAAACUGAAAUAUUGUAUAUUUUCCAUCCGACCCCAUCUGUGUGUGUGUGUGUGUGUGUGACCUUGCUGUUGUAACCUGAUUCGUGCAGACUGGACAGAUAUAACUCUGAAACUCAACCCCGCUGUAGUGUCUGUGGUUUCAUGCAGACAAGACAAUGACACCAGCAUAAAAUAAAAAAAAGCGUGUGUGUGUGUGUGUUUUGUGACAGCGAGUGCUGUCCUUGAUAAGCGAGAACAGCGAGAGAAAAUAAAAGGCUUAAAGGAAAGCUUUGCCACACUCCGAGCUAGCGACAAAAUCCAAAGUGUGUUACGUAAGAACGCUGUGUUCAAGCCACUUCAUGUCCUUUUCUUCUGGCUUUAUGUUCAUGAAUUAUAUCCCCUGUCCAUCUCCAGUCUCUAUACCCAGGAAAAUGAAUACUUUUUUUUUUAGCAAAACACGUCUCUCCUGCUAACAAUGAACUGCCAUACCGCGUUGUGUUUAAAUCUGUUCCUUUGCUCUGUAUCUUCCCCUGGAACAUCACAGCCUUCAUCAAGCUCAAAUCCUUAUGCUUGUCCAUUUUUCCUGCUUCUAACAUCAACUUUGAGGACAAAAUGUUGACUUGCUGCCUAAUAUAUCCCACCCACUAACAGGUGCCAUGAUGAGGAGAUCAUCAGUCUUAUUCACUUCACCGGUCAGUGGUCAGGAUGUUAUGACUGAUCGGUUUAUAGUAUAAACUAGGUGUUUUACUCAGGAGGUGUUCAUUCCUCUGUAUCGGGGGAAAUAGAGAUAUAGGGGAUGAGGUUGUGGUGUUGGAUUACUAGUCGUAAGGUUAUGAGUUUGAAUCCCAGGUCCACCCAGCAUCCACUGAUGCUGGAUCGGAUAUCGUCAGUGCUUUAUUUCAAAAGCUGAUGUCGGAUCUUGUUACCAUGACAACGAACCUAUAAGCUUGGAUUAGGAGCUGGAAGCUUGUGACGCUUUUACGUCUGGAUGUUUGGAGAUGUUUGCUGCAUGAGUUACAGCCGGGGUGUCAUUAAGAGAAAGUCGUUAGCGGGCGUCUUGAGAUAAGUUUUCUACAGUUGUUAGGUUUGGUGAAGUUAUUUGUGAGACCGACCCCAGGACACACGCUUCCUGUAGCCACCGUGAGAAAGAACUGAGGGUGAAGUGAAUCAGACUGUAGCUUUCUGAAGCCUAGAGACUGUGGCAUCGUUAACGUGACACGUCAUUUUAGACACGCCACCUCCACAUGACCAUACAAAAGUUCUGUGUUUUCUUCUAACCGAAUUCACACACAGGUCAAGGAACAGACUUUCAGCCAAAACUAAUCUUUUGCUUGGUGUCAGCGUGUCACAGGGAACUAGAGCCGGUGGAAUAACACUGUUUUCUGUUUUCUCCAGUUGUUCAGGAGCAUUCUGUGUGAACAGAGAGAGAGAGAGAGAGAGAGAGAGAGAGAGAGAGAGAGAGAGAGAGAGAGAGAGAGAGAGAGAGAGAGAGAGAGAGAGAGAGAGAGAGAGAGAGAGAGAGAGAGAGAGAGAGAGAGAGAGAGAGAGACUGGUGGUGAUGUGCCCUGGGGUUUAUUGAGGCAGAGAGAGGGCAGAAACCCUGUAAAGCAUUAACCGUGUCUGGACGUGUGCCGAUAAUCAGUUCCACGAUAUUCAGCGUGUAUUUUACUACAUGAUAUUGUCAGAGGAUCGUCCUGUUAUAGGGCUGUUAUUUAUUUAAUUUAAUUUAUUUAAGCUUCUUCACAGAUGUCUAUGCUUUUUUUAUUUACUUUCCAAAAAUGUUUUAUUUCUUUUUCUGUAACUGUCAUAAUAAUAAUAAUAAUAAUAAUAAUAAUAUUAAUAAUAAUAAUAAUAAACAUGAUAAAACAAUUAUGACAAAAGCCAAACCUGUAACGUCGGCACAUGAUGGCCAAAUCACGUCUCAGAUAUCAUACCGGACUUUUACUUUUUCUUUAAAGUGAGAUUUGCAUAUUCAUGAGUGUGGGUGUGGCUGCACUGUAUUGAUUCAUGAACGAAUUAAUCAUUUGUUUAUUCAUAUAAUUAUGGAACAUUCUGGCUUCUGCAGAUCCGAUGUCAUACAGUGGAUCUAUACAGUACCGGUCACUCAGACAGCACCAACAGCCAGAAUUAUGCAAUGACCGAUUCUUACUCUUACUGCACUCUGUGAGGCGGACGAUGGAAAAAAAAAAACAAAAUCGCAAUUUUUAACCUUGUUCAAAGUUUUCGCAGGUGAAGAAAAGCUGCCUUAACUGUUGCUUCUGCACUCCAGCAGUCUGAUGUUAGAAAAAUCAUCCACUUUGUAAAAAAAAAAAAAAAAACCACAAGAGAAAAACCCAGUAAUCCGAUAUAAGGAUCAUUCUCGUCUUCAUGUAUAUAAUGAUUUUUUUUCCCUCAGUGACUUGUCUGUGAUGGGGGAUUCACAAACGAGUCGACUCAAAUCGACGUGAAUCAGAUGGAUUCAUUUGCAAA